UCUUACAAAAUCCAACUGCGUGAAUCUUUACGUUGGUCGAAGUAUAAAGCGUCGUGGUGGUAAAUGUGGCAGUCAUUCGGACGCAUUCAGAGCGCCGGUGAAGUAGUGAAAACAAGCAUAAUAGACUUUUUAAGUGAUUAACAAGAAAGUGUAACAAAACAAAUCAUGCGGUGGUUUAUACAUUGUUGUGUUCUGCUAUUAACAAUAGCGAAUAUAUCAGCCGAUUGGUCUUGGGGAGGAGACGACAGUACAAAAAAUGAUAAUAUCAACAACAAGUCGACGGAGUUAUUACAAGGCGAAGAAAUGAUUGGUGCACAAGACAAACAUUUUAAUACAAAUGGUACAGUUCUUGACGAUAUCGUUGAUGAAUUAGUAAGCAGCAAACAAGGCCGAAGUUUAAGUGGUUUUGAUGAUGUAUAUAGUGAUCCAACUAUUAAGGAAGCUUUAGAUGCCGGGGACGACACAGAAGCAAGAAAUUUAAUUAAAGGUCGUCUUUGUACAUUAGGACUUAUACAGUGUGAAGAUGACGAAUCACAAGAAAAAAGAACAUAUGUUUCACCCGAUGAGCUGAUUUAUGCUCAGCCCGUAGAUAUUAAGCCUAUUGGAAAACCCAUUGCCUCCAUAGCGAUACGAGGACCACCUAGAGCUUAUGGACCACCCAAACCCAUGCUUUAUCCUCCACGCCCUCAAAAGUAUCCACCUAAGAGGCCAAACUAUAGUGGAAAUGGACGACCCGGUUUCGCUGACAAAUAUGGUGUUGCUGGAAAUAAUUAUCAAUUUUCCCAAAGCAGUGGUUCAUACAAUGGAUAUGAAGGAAAUUAUGUAACUAAGCCACCAAGCUACGCAAAUAAUGAACCAUAUAAUUUUGAACAUUCAAAGCUUUCUUACAACAAAGUACCUUCAAAUAUAAACACCAACACAAAAACCGAUAUUGUACAACAACACGUUCAUCACCACUAUGUCCACGGUGAUACAGAUAAGGAACCCAAAGUUAUAAUAAAACCAGUGGCUAUACCAGUUGGAUCUGUAGGACAUUUAGCAUCUCAAGUACACGCACACGAAUCUUCUGACAUAAUUACAUCAUCGGGAGGAGACUUUAAUUCCGUAACAUCAGGCGGAUUUAGACCUAUGACUGGUAGUUUUUCUUCUAAUAGCAAACCAAUUUAUGAAACAGAUACCAUAUACGGAUCACAAUUCAGUCACAAUAACUACAAUAAAGGAGGUGUCAAUGUUCAAAAUCAAGGGUUACCGAACCAAUUUAGUAACAAUGCUUUUGAUGAUCAGCGAUAUGGUAACUCUUUAGGUGCGUAUGCUUCUCAAAGUGGAGAAUUUUACAAAAAAGAAUUAAAUGUUGGAUCUAGUAAUAACUUAUACAGUCAAGGUCCUGCUACAUUUGAAAAAAAUAAUCUUUAUCAACAAAACUAUCAUGAAGCUAAGGAACAAGGUUUUGAAUGUGUUUGUGUUAAUUACGACCAAUGUCCAAGCCAGGAAAUAAUUGGCCGCAGAGAUGACUUAUAUUUGCCAAUUGAUCCACGUAACAAGGGAAGCGAAAUUACAGCACUGACAGAGGAACAAUUGGACAAUUUAAACAAAACCACUUCUGACACAGAUACUAAACAAAACGUAACUGAAAUUAAAAAGAUCAGUAAAAGAGACGUUAGCGAACUGAAAGAGAAGGAAGAAGCGAAAGAAAUUGAACCGCGCCUCCUCGGGUUUGCUGGCGGAAAUGGCGGUAAUAGCAACAAACAAGUUCAGCCCACGUUUGGUGUCUCUUUUGGGUUGCCCCAGCCUUCUAAUGGAUAUCCAAUUAAUCCCUACAAUUCAAAUCCUUUAUACAAUCCAUAUGGUCCUGCGUUAAAUGGAGGUGGUCUAAAUCUAGGACUACUUUCUGUUAAUCCACUACUAGCUAUUCAAGUAACGAAAAAUGAUUAUGGUGAAAAAUUAAUAAAACCAUUUGUGAAUUUACAUGUUACGCCAAACGAACAUGUAAUUAAUAAAUUAGGUCAUUUGUUUCACGAGAAAAAACAAUAUCUUUUAAACAAACAUGAACAUUAUCACCAUUACAAUCCAUAUUUUAACCAACAUGAACAUAGACCAUACACACAUACUCCUCCUUUUAAUUCUGAACAUUAUGGUAUUAAUAGGCCACCAAUUUAUUCCCCACAUCACUCUUAUUAUCAAAACAACCAUUACCGUAUAAACCCACAACAUUUGCCUGAAGCAUCACAUGCCAAUGAUGAUUACUAUGACGAUGAUAGUGAUAAUCAUUACUUCGAUCAAAAUCCGAGCUAUAAUUAUGAAAACUAUGGUUUUGAAAGGUCGGCUAACACUAGUGGAAAUAAUAGAGACCCUACUUAUGCUAAUCGAUAUGCAUAUUCACGUUCCCUUACCAUUCCCUCCAAUCCUGGGGCUAACCGGGGAGGCCAAACCAUUCGUUUUCCUCAGUCGAGAAAGAAAAGGGAUGUCGUCACAGAUGUGCCUAAAAGCAAAAAGAUACAAGAGCGUCAAGGUUACUUUGGUCGGCCGCAAAUUCCUCAGUGUCAACAAAACCAAGUAUGCUGCCGCCGUCCUCUUCGACCUCAAGCCUCAAAUCGCGGUCAGUGUGGAAUAAGACAUUCUCAAGGCGUUAAUGGAAGAAUCAAAACUCCUUCUUACGUAGACGGUGACAGUGAAUUUGGCGAAUAUCCUUGGCAAGCCGCUAUUUUAAAGAAAGAUCCUAAGGAAUCGGUUUAUGUGUGUGGUGGAACACUUAUUGACGGACUCCAUAUUAUGACCGCAGCUCAUUGCAUAAAAUCAUACAAAGGAUUCGAGUUGCGUGUGCGGUUAGGAGAAUGGGAUGUUAAUCAUGAUGUUGAAUUCUACCCUUACAUCGAAAGAGACGUAAUUUCUGUACAUGUACAUCCGCAGUAUUAUGCUGGUACAUUAGAUAACGAUCUUGCUAUUUUAAAAUUGGAGCACCCUGUUGACUGGACUAAAUAUCCUCACAUUAGUCCCGCUUGUCUUCCGGAUAAAUACACCGAGUAUGGUGGACAAAGAUGUUGGACUACUGGAUGGGGAAAGGAUGCUUUUGGUUCAAAUGGAAAGUACCAAAAUAUAUUGAAAGAAGUUGAUGUACCAAUACUGCCUCAUGGACAAUGUCAACAACAAUUAAGACAGACACGAUUAGGGUACAACUAUGAGCUUAACCCUGGAUUCAUUUGUGCCGGCGGUGAAGAGGGUAAAGAUGCCUGCAAAGGCGAUGGUGGUGGUCCACUUGUGUGCGAACGCAGUGGCACCUGGCAAUUGGUCGGCGUUGUGUCGUGGGGUAUUGGUUGUGGGCAACCAGGCGUGCCAGGUGUAUACGUGAAAGUUGCUCACUAUCUCGACUGGAUCUCACAAAUUACUUCAAAAUUUUCUCAUUAUUAGGCGAAGACAAAUAUCCAUUAAAUCAAAUGUCUUAAGUUUUGUUGUAUUCCAUUGAAUUUUAGAAUGUAGACAUUUAUUUAAAUUCUUAAUUUAUUAUUAACCUUUGGGCGGUAAGGUCCAGAGAUAUUAAGUAAAUGCUUGUGCAAUUAUUUGUAAAAUAAACUAAUUAAA